UCGGCGUUCCAUCCAAAGAUACGCGCGUCUCAUAAACAUACUCGUUCGUUCAAGUAAAAUUUGUUUAAAUUACGAUGGGAAGCAGCAAAACGCAGCUUGAGGAAUUGCAAGAAUACUUUAAAGGACACAACAAAACCAGAGAAGCAUCGAAAGCACACACAGCGAAGGUGCAUUCGGUCGGAUGGAAUUGUGAUGGGCGCCGCUUAGCGUCCGGUUCGUUUGACAAAACAGUGGCCGUAUUUACGCUCGAUCGCGACCGUUUGAACAAGGAGAGCACAUACCGUGGCCACACUGGCUCGGUUGAUCAGCUCUGCUGGCACGCCUCGAUGCCGGACCUGCUCAGCACGGCCAGUGGCGACAAAACGGUGCGCAUAUGGGACGUCCGGGUCGGCAAGUGUGCCACAUUCAUCAACACCAAAGGGGAAAACAUCAACAUUACAUGGUCACCGGAUGGGCACACGAUAGCGGUCGGCAAUAAGGAGGAUCUGGUGACGUUCAUUGACACCCGGACGCACAAAAUCCGCGCGGAGGAGCAGUUCAGCUUUGAGGUGAACGAAAUCGCCUGGAGCAACGGUAGUGACCUGUUUUUCCUCACCAACGGGCAAGGCUGCGUGCAUAUACUGAACUACCCGAAUCUGGAGCUGCAACAGAUCUUGAAAGCUCACCCGAGCACCUGCAUCUGCAUCGAGUUCGAUCCGACGGGGAAGUAUUUUGCGACCGGUUCGGCUGACGCACUCGUGUCUCUGUGGGAUGCGGAAGAGUUGGCGUGUCUGCGCGUGUUCUCGAGACUCGAUUGGCCCGUGCGGACGAUUUCUUUUAGCCACGACGGCAAGCUGCUCGCUUCGGCCAGCGAAGAUUUGAUCAUAGACAUCGGCGAUACGGAGACGGGAGAAAAGGUGGCCGAUAUUUCGGUUGAUGCAGCCACGUUCACCGUUGCGUGGCAUCCGAAGCAGUACAUAUUGGCUUACGCUUGCGACGACAAGGACACCAAUGACCGGCGAAGAGACGCGGGCAGUUUGAAAGUAUGGGGAUUCUCCGAGUAGUAAAAUAAACUGUAACGAGUAAGGACUGA